AUGGCUUACUGCCACCCUUGCGACCGCUAUUUCGCCAGCGAACGUAGCUAUGAUCAACACAUUGAAAACAGUUCUGCGCAUUAUGUUGAAUCUUCAAGCGACGAGUACUCCUCCAGCGACGAAGAACUUCAAUUUGAAUGCGAUGGUUGCUACGAUCUAUUGUGGUCCUUGGACGCUCGCGAAAAUCAUCAUGUCUUUGCUCACAGCGAUCGUUAUUGCAUACCAUGUGAACGCAUGUUUGGGAAUGAAAAUAACUUGAUGCAGCAUCAACACUCCAAAGUCCACAUGGGCACAUCUAUCAAAUGUCCCUUCUGUCCCACUAACUACCCAACUGCCUCCGCCCUUAUCAUCCACCUCGAGUCUGGCAGUUGCCCUUCUGGUAUGAAUCGCGCAAGAAUCAAUGCCGAAAUUCGUCGAUUGGACAGCAACCACAUUAUCACUUCUCGCCUCCUCGAAUAUCCCUCCUCAAACACUCCUAGCAUUGCCACCCAGCGCUCCUGGAACGGACAAUACUAUGAGUGUUACCUAUGCUCUCGACAAUGCACUACUCUUCAGGCGCUCAAUCAGCAUUUACAAAGUCCAGCCCAUGAACAGAAAGUUUAUCAUUGUCCGGAGUGGAGCGAGAAGUGGAAUUGGCAACAUGGUAGGCAGAAUGAUCCAGAAUUAAGGGAAGCUGGAUGGGAAAUUUCAAUGAGCACAGUUUUGGGCCAAAUGGGUAUGGCUCAUUCACCACUCUUUCCCGCAGCAUCAGCUCUUCUUUCCUUGUUCCUGCAUACGCAUAGAUUAUCCGCCGACAUCACCGUCGCCGCCAUUUCAACUGUACCGCCAGCGUUUUGA